AUGUCGACUCCUUUUUGGAUAAUGGGCAGCAGUGUUUCCUUUUUGCAGUUCGAUGGCGAACUGUUCGCUCUUCGUGUGCUCCACCGGUCCGACGGGACCCUGUGGAAGGUCUUGCGGGCUAUGAUGUCUUUGUCGCUGUGCCUCCUGCAACAGCUGCCGAUGGAGAUGGCGGACUCCCGUGUCUGGUCCGUGGAGAGCGGUGAGCUGGUCCACGAGAUCAAGAAGGCCCGGCAAAUCGAUCGGAGUCCUGGUGCUGGCGAAGGUGGAGAACGAAUGAUUUCGGAGGAGAACGUGUUGGCCCUCGCCAGACUUGGUGACUUGUACCAGGUGGGUUUCCUCACGGAAACGAAGCUUUUGUGCGGAGGUGAACCGCGGACGACGCCUUUCUCCGCGGAGACUCAGCUUCUCCUGGCCGAACUGCUGAUUUAG